AUGAUGGUUUUGAAAGUUGUUGAGGUUCUUAUAUCAAAUGGUGCUAAAGUUGACGCAAAAAAUAAAGCCGAUGAAACGGCCCUUAAUAUUGCUGUUGGCCGUAGUUACUGUGACAUUGCAGAACUUCUUAUUUUGCAUGUUGCAAAUGUCAAUUCAAAAGAUAUAUCUGGACUCACAUUGCUUGAUCGUGCAACAGUAUUUAAUGAUAAAGAAAUGAUAGAAUUUAUUAUUUCACAUGGUGCCAAUGAUAAUACGACAGAGUUUGAUGGAGAACCUGUUUCAUAUGGUUCUACAGAUAUUGAUAAAAAGUUAAAAGAAGGAAUACCUCUUUCAUUUUAUGGAGAUCUAUAUGCUAAACCUGUCGAAGAAGAAAUUAUCUGUGAUUGCCUAACAAAAUGUGAUACCAAUUGUGAUGAAGUCAUAACAAAUGAUUUAUUUGUAGCAACAUCCUUAGAAACUUCAAAAGAAUUAAAUGGAAAAGAAAAGGAAGGAAAAUCAUAUGAUUCAAACAUAAUUGAAUAUUUAUUUUUUUUGAAAAUAAUUCAAUUAAAGUUUAUUUCAUAUACUUCGCGGGCAAUCAUCGCAUAUUUCUCUAUCUAUAAUUUCGAAAGCCUUUUAUAA